CGGCGUUGACCGUCUGCAGCUCACGAUAGGCGGAGUGUAGGACCCAGCAGACAAGGCGGUACAAUAGGGCUGUUGUGUGGUGGGGAGGAGAGGUUUCAGCCAGCUCUGGGAAAUACUCAGUGUGGAAUGAAGAAAUAAUAUAGAAAACUCCAGCUUUACUAAGAGUAUAACGUGUUUGUGUGUGAGGAAUUUCGGUGAAAGCAUUCGCAAGUCGCAAUACUCAAUAUAAUUUACCGCGGAUCCAAGGGCGGAAGAGCGCCUGGGUGGAGUGGACCCGAGCAAGACUUUAGCCUGGGUGGAGAAGACCAAAAGAAGUCUAUAGACUGGGUGGAGCAGACCAGAGGAAGACUCUAGCCUGGGUGGAGCAGACCAGAGGAAGACUUUAGCCUGGGUGGAGCAGACCAGAGGAAGACUUUAGCAUGCUUUUCAACUUGACAUUUAUGGAUACAUCAGGAUGAAACGUCUCAAGUCUUCAAGCAGCAGUGACACUUCUGACAAUGAGAGUCCUUCCACCUCCUUCUGCUCCUCCAACAAAUAUGGAAGCAAACCUGGAACUCCCGCCUCAAUGCCUAAGAAACCGGCCGAGGUGUUCAGAAAAGACCUUAUCAGUGCCAUGAAGCUGCCCGACUCCCACCACGUCUCACCUGAAGACUGCUACCUGCUGGCUGACACCUGGAGGCAGGAGUGGGAGAAGGGCGUGCAGGUGCCAGCCUUCCCCGAAACCAUCCCCCAGGCCUCCAUCAGGAUCAUAGCGGAGAGGCCUAAGGACGUGUUGUUCACCAGACAGAGGAAGUACAUCCUGAGCUGGAGUCAGGACUCUACUGAGGCUGGUUAUGUCAACAUUAAGGAGCUGGCUGAAGCCAUGUGUCGAUACGACCUGGACGACAUGGACUUGUACUGGCUACAGGCCCUCAAUGCUGAGCUAGACCACAUGGGGGAGGGGCCUGUGGACGAGUUGACGAUGGAGCGCACCAUGGAAGCUCUGGAGAGGCAGUGCCAUGGCAACAUGAACCACGCCAUCGACACGGUAGAAGGGCUGGGCAUCGAGUACGACGAGGACGUCAUCUGUGAUGUGUGUCGCUCCCCUGACAGCGAGGAGGGCAACGACAUGGUGUUUUGUGACAAAUGCAACAUCUGUGUUCACCAGGCAUGUUAUGGCAUCGUGAAGGUACCUGACGGGAACUGGCUGUGCCGGACAUGUGUUCUGGGCAUCGACCCCCAGUGUCUCCUGUGCCCUGUCAAGGGAGGGGCCAUGAAGGCAACUAGGGCGGGAACCAAAUGGGCACAUGUCAGCUGUGCGCUGUGGAUCCCUGAGGUGAGUAUAGCCUGCCCAGAGAGGAUGGAGCCCAUCACCAAGGUGUCCCACAUUCCCCCCUCCCGCUGGUCACUCAUCUGCAGUCUCUGUAAACUGAAGACUGGGGCGUGUAUACAGUGCUCUGUGAAGAACUGUACCAUCCCGUUUCAUGUGACGUGUGCCUUUGAGCACAGCCUGGAGAUGAAGACCAUCUUAGAUGAAGGAGACGAGGUCAAGUUUAAGUCCUACUGUCUGAAGCACAGCAAGCCCAAGAACCCGGCCUCAUCCGACCCUCCAGCGCCCGACCCAAACACCUGUCAGCCAGCCCUCAGCAAGCAGCCCAAGGCUGGGGACCCAGGCACCGGUCUCAGCCCGGCACGGUCCAAACCCUCCACGGACCCGGAGAAGAGGGGCCUGAGAGCCCAGAGACUGUUAGAACUGGAGGAGGAGUUCUACACCCUGAUCCAACCUGAUGAUCUGGCCCUGGAGCUGGACCUGCCCUCCACCCUGGUUGACUUCAUAUACCAGUACUGGAAACUGAAGAGGAAGAGCAACUUCAACCGGCCACUGCUGCCCCCUACAGAGGGGGAGGACAGCCUGUUGGUGCAGCCUCAUGAAGACAGCAUCCACACACGGAUGAGGAUGUUCAUGCACCUCCGUCAGGACCUGGAGCGGGUGAGGAACCUUUGUUACAUGGUGAGUCGGCGGGAGAAACUGAAACUGUCCCAGAGUAAAGCACAGGAGCAGAUCUUCAAUCUCCACGUGAAGCUGCUGAACCAGGAGGUCUCUGCUGGUCUUCCCUUGUCCUUCCCCGUGGAGUCCAUGCUGUUCCGGCCUCCUCCCAGAAUCACCCUGAAGCUCAAAAUGCCCAAAGUGUCCCUGGGUAAUGGGAAGACCAGUUCCAAGACUGGGAAUGGACCCCUCUGUCCUGACAACAGCGGGAAUGUUCAUGAACGCUGUGGGGGAGGAAAAGGGCUUGGGAAAGGCAAGGGCAAAGGUAACGGGGGAGGGCAGGGCGUAGGGCUGGGGAAGGGGGGAGGGAAGCCUCAGCUCCAUGGACGAGGCAGGAGGGAGGAUCGCGCCAACGGAAGCCUGCUGACCAACAGUACGACCAGGGGCUCGGUCCUGCCCAAACCAGCUGGCAAACCCUUAACCGGGAAACCGCUGACCCUCCACGGACACUCCUCCAAUGGAAAAAGCAGACUGGAUGGGGAGCGGGCGGGCCGCCUCUCUAAAUCCAAUGGCCUGAUGGAGAAGAUAGUAGGCGUGGCCCAGAAGGACAGUUCCUGUCAGACCCCCAGUGAACAGGAAGUCAGUGAGGGGUCAGGGGUCAAAGUGAGUCAAUCAGCUGGCUUCAGGAAGUCCACCAUGGAGCACUUCAGCCGCUCAUUCAAGGAGGCGACGGUCAGCCUGGUGCGGACUACGGAAGACCUGCGGGGGGACCAGAUAUCCCGGGGGGGGGGAGACAAGGCCCGGCCCUGGGUCAGUCCAGUGCCUGGAGGCCCCCAGGGCCCAGUGGGAACUAGACCGUCAUCUCACCAAGAGCCUGAUGGAUACUGCCCUGACCUGGAGCUCAGUGACUCAGAACCUGAGGCUAAAGGUCGGAGGUCGAGGCAGGACCGCGGGGCCUUGGGGGGAGAGUACAGUAGGAGGAAGCAGGCACUGGGGGGGGCCAGUAGGACCUCGGUGCAGAGGUGACAGCCAUGACCAACAACCCAUCACCUCAACUCAACCAGACACCUGCCAGCUCUGUCACUUCCUCUAUGACCAGGCUUCUGCCUCACCAGAGCCCCAACCGGGUCGGCCGUAGAGAGGCAGGCUGGCGGGGGGAGGCAGAAACCAAGAUCCAAGCUGCUCCCACGGGCCUCAGGUCCCUACACUGUCCGGGGGUCUCCUCCAGUACACCAACAGAACAGCAGCUCAGGGCCCAUGAGGAGUCCAAGGCCAGAACAUCAGCUCAGAGGGACUCAUGGACAUACGUGUGUCUGUUUUCUCACACUCUCUCUUCCUGUCCUCCCUCUGUCCUCCCUCUUUAUGAGUGGAGCAGUCUUGUACUGUGUUCUGAGAUUAAACUACUUGUCUGUUUAUUUCUGUCUUCUCUGUUUUGGCUAGCGAUGCUGUGUGGUACUCCACAGCGCUCACUGUUGGUCCACAUGAUGUUGGUCGAACUCCCUGCUUCGGUUUCAAUUGGCCUUCCAGAAUUGCUGUAAAUAUUUAUUAUAAAAGAACGUUGUUUGGGUUGUAUAUAUUUGUUAGUAUCUUGACAUGAGGAGUUAAACACUGAUACGGCUCAAUGAACUGAAUCACACUGAAAUUGUUUCUAUUGGCUGAGGAACCACACUAAAGUCUAUGCUGGGCUCUAUGGAACCAAGCCUUAAGAUAUCGCUCUGUCACUCCGUCUCUGGCUUCGUUGCUUUCUUUUGCCGUCUCUCUCGCUCUUUACUUUUCUCCCAUACUGUUAUUCUGUUUCCAUUGUGUCCAAUCUAAGGAAACUCCAUACUGAACAGUCAGACACUACGGAGCCACAGAUCCUCCAUUAGAGGGGUGUUUGUCAAGUCUCUCCUUGAGAGAAUCUUGAUGUUUUUAUACGUAGGAAUAUGGAAUUCACUGACUGUACUGUUAGCAUUUUGUAUCUGUUUACUAGCUAAUAAAUAGUAUAUUUAA